GAAAGGAGCUGCCAUUAGCGAAGACAUGCACUGGCCACGUGUGACAUCUGACACAUGUGGGAGUUGAGGAAUGGUCACCCUGAGUGACUCAAAUCUAAUCAUGGGUCGAGCUUGGUUUGGAGAGAUGAGGCUCACAGAAAAUAGGAGUAACAAGUGUUAAAGACCUGAAAGAAGCCACCAUCUCAGGAACUGGAGGGGUUGAGGUCCCAUUCAAUAUGUUCACACACAGGGCUCACCUUUACACAUAAAUCUUCGGGCCACAUCUUACACCAGUUGAGCUGUUGGAGCUGUUGGACCUUUUUGCUGGCUCCUCCAGCUGCAAAUCCAUCUUGGUGACUCUUUCAUUUCUGUGCCAUAGUCCUUAUUUGUCCUUAUUUCAUAAUUAGCUGGCAAUAAGGUGACAUGGUCUCUCUGGCGUGAAGUGAAUCCAGACUAGCACCAAUGCCUUGAUCCCGGGUAGAUAGCAAGCACCAUAGCAUGGCCCCAGAGAUGGCAGCAGGCAGGGACAGUCAUGGUCCUACUGCUUCCCCCAAACAGGGACAAGAGAUUUGUCAUGGACGACACUCUGGAGACCAGCCAGAUAAAAGAGAAGCUUCUGAAAACCAUCUACAGCCUCCAGCUGAAGUCAUUUGCCACGCUGCAGUCAGCCAGCCCGCUGCUGCACAGCCAGCGUGGCAUGGGCAUGGUGACCCAGCACCAGGUCCACCAGCUGGCAGAUAAGGCCAAAAGCCUGUGUGGAGAUCUGGACAACAUCAAGAACCUCCUCUGCUAUUGCCAGGAUGAGCUGGUCCAGCAGAUUCCCAACCCCACUGGCAGCUGCUAUGGGGGUGUCAGUGGAAUCCAUUGCUCCCCGGAUGGCUCCAUCUACGUGACAGCUGAGAGUGCUCCCUGGGUCCACGUCCUCAGCAGCACAGGCCACACACUGCGGUCCCUGCGCUGCCAGCAGACGGGCAAGGGAGGCAGCAUUUUCUUGCCAGAAGAUGUUACUGUGACUAGGAUGGGAAUGGUGGCUGUAGCUGACAUGGUGAAUGAAGCCAUCUGGGUCUUCAACCCUCACACCAGCCUCUCCAAGGGGGAAUGGAUAAAGGUCAGCAAGGGUGGUUCCCCCAGGGGUAUUGGAGUAGACUCCGUGGGCAAGAUCCUGGUAGCAGACUAUGCACAAGGCCAAGUGCACAGCUUUGCUCUGGACCAUGCUUUCAGGACACUCAAUGUCCGCUCUGUCCCUAACCUGCAGGGACCUCGCUACGUCAGUCCGGUGCCUGGUGGAGGCUUCGUGGUGAGCGAGGAGUGUGGAGACGUCAAGGUCUUCAUGAGGAGCCGUAAGCUCCUCUGCUCCCUCAGCAGCAAAUACGGACACCAGUUUGGCAACCCUGCUGGGGUCUGCGUGGACACGGAUGGCAGCAUCCUGGUGGCAGAUGAGCAGCGCCGUACAGUCCACUUGUUCCCAGAGCAUGGAGCUCCCAUCUGCCUGGUGUCCACAGGGCUGCGGAGGCCCGCUGGCAUGGCUUGCUCCUCCUCUGGGCACCUCUUCGUGGCAGACACAGUGGAGAAUUGUGUCAAAGUCUUUAAGUACUGUGUGAGGUCCCCGUACAGACCCACCAAUGCUAGGGCACCAUGUGCUGGCCCCAACCAAACAUCCAGAUGGGGAGGGAGGGUGGUUCCCCUGCAGCCCUGCUGAGCUGUGGGUCUGUAGGUGGGCUGAGAGCUCCACUGCUCCCA